AUGGAUUUUGAAUUGUUACUUAAUGAAAUUUUACUUGAUUUAUUCGAUUAUUUUGAUGGUAUUGAUCUUCUUCGUGCAUUUUAUAGUCUCAAUUAUCGAUUUAAUGAUCUUCUCUACAAUCAAUUUCGAUUGUAUCGCUUUAACUUUUCUUCUAUUUCUAAACGUGAUUUUGAUAUGAUAUGUCAACAACACUUACCAUUCAUUACUCAACGAGUUAUUUCUCUUAGUCUUACUGACAAUUAUGAUAUCCCUGAACAAGCUAACUUCUUUCUUUCUUAUAUCCCACCAUCCAAUCACUUCAUUCACUUACAAUUACUUUCAGUGGAAGGUUUUCGUUCAUGCCGAACAUUAAUGAAAAUCUUGGAUGAAUAUGAUCAUUCAUGUAAUCUCACUUAUUUAACAAUUAAUUCCUAUAAUUGUGGUGCCAAUCAAAUUUUACUUGAUCGUGCACCUAACCUUCGUUGUCUAGAUAUCCGUCAAGAUGAAUCAUUAUCUUUACAAAUGUCAUUAUUCCAGUAUAGAACCUCAUUAGUUCGUCAACUCGAUUUCCGAGGUUAUAAUUAUUAUGUCAAUGAAGAAGAAUGUAUUAGAUUAUGUCAUUCAUCAUUAUGUAUUCAAUGUGAAGUUCUUUUUAUCAGAAUUAAGAGUCGUCAUAGUACAAUUUAUCUUGUCAAAAAUAUGAUAAAUCUUCGAUCAUUACAUGUUAAACGUGACGAUGAAAAGUAUCAUAAACGAUUAGCAACAGCAAAGAAUAAUAAUGACAAAUAUCGUGAUGAAAACGUAGAAAAUGAAGAGGAACUUAUUGAAUGGUUAAAAGAUCCUUUACCAUCGACGUGUUUAUUCUCAAAAAGUGCACAUUUUCCUAGUGAUAUUGUAAUAUGGAUUUGA